GUGAAACUCGAGAACUACUCGACAGGUUUGCCUAGAAGCUUGCCGGCCGACCGGAAUCCUCCUGGUGGGAAAGCAUUGAGAAGACUUGUCGGGCAGCAUGACGGGAACCGAUCACAAAGCUGGACUCAAAGACUCAGUUCCGAGGGAGAAGCUCGCGGGCUCAACGAGAAAAUACAAUUUCCCCAAUGAAGUCCGGGCGGAAAUCUCACACGGGCGGCUUGGAUUGUGGACCUUAGCCACCUUUAGGAAUUAUUCACGGAUAAUAUGGAAUGGCUUCCGCGGAGGAAUCCAACUCAAAGAUCUGGUGCCGCUGCAAGAAACGCAUUGCUCUAGAUACUGCUGGGAGGCGUUCGAGGCUUCUUGGAAUCGGAAACCAAAGGACGAGACGGGUCUUCUCCUCAAGGAUCCCAAGGGCAAAUCAUCCACGGGUUCGUCGGUGCAGCCUUCACGGUCCAUGUUCAGAACACUUCCGAGAGCUUUCUGGGAUUUUAUACUGUACAGCUCCCUAUGGGAGCUGGCUUUCGAUAUCGUCCGUCUACUACCCGUCUUCGUGCUCAGUAAAAUGAUUGAGUUCGUCGGAUCUACAGAACCUCAAAUCGUGGGCUAUCAAUACUGUGCCUUGCUCUUUGCAAAUAGUGUGAUGGUGUCCUUGACGAUGAACUGGAUGAUGCAUGCCUGUUCCUCCGGCAGCGUUCAAAUACGCUCUGCUCUGAUCGAAGCCAUAUACCGCAAGAGCCUUCACUCUUCGAACGCGGCCGGUCAAGGAUUCAAAACUGGUGAUCUCUUGAAUUUGAUGUCGGUCGAUGUGGAUACAGUGUUCGAAUUCGUACAACAUUCGACUUUGACAUGGGGGACGGCUGCCAGGAUCCUGAGCUCUCUCGCCAUCAUUUGGUUCCAACUGGGACCGUCGAGUCUAGCUGGACUUCUCAUGAUUAUCGCGUUUUUGCCACUUACUGUGUUCCUGGGCAGAGCCACCGCGCGAUUCCAGCAACGACAGUUGACCGAGAAGGACAAGAGGUUGGACGCAUUGAGUGAGAUAUUCUCAGGGAUAAGAAUCAUCAAGUUAUUCGCAUGGGAGAUCCCUUUCAUUGAGAAAGUGGAGAAAAUUCGUCGAACAGAGGCGGGUUGGAUUCGGAAGAACCUCUUCGGUCAGUCCGCCAUUAUGUUGCUGUGGUACUGCGGUCCCUUCUUGGUUCCGGCGGCUGCGUUCGGAGCGUACAUCAUGAUCAACGACGAGAACAUAUUGACCCCCGAGAAAGUCUUCGUCUCAGUGUUCUUGUUCAAUAACAUGAGGUACGCACUCACGAGAUUGCCGAUGAUCCUCACCAUGCUCCUGAGGGUCAUGGUAUCUCUGAAACGCAUCGGAAACUACCUUGAAAUUCAGGAAAUUAAUAGAGACGACAUCACUGAUCACGUAACGAAUGGCGAAGAUGUACGGUUCCGGGACGCAGACAUCAGCUGGGGCGGCCUCAAGCCUGCUCUGAGAGAGUUGAACCUCACGAUUAAAUCGGGCGAGCUCGUCGCAAUAGUCGGCCGCGUUGGUUCCGGCAAAUCAUCUUUACUGAGCGCGAUUCUCGGCGAAAUGAAAAAACUCAAAGGUUCUAUAGAUGUCGCGAGGAAACGCAUCGCGUACGUCCCGCAACAAGCCUGGAUCCAGAACGAAAGUGUGCGGCAGAACAUCCUCUUCACUCGAUCUUACGAGCCGAAAUGGUACAGGGAGGUCCUGAAGAAAUGCUGUAUGGAGCCGGAUCUCCAGCCUUUCGAAGCAGGCGAUCUCACGGAAAUCGGAGAAAAAGGCGUCAACCUAUCGGGCGGACAGAAGCAGAGAGUCAGCCUAGCUCGAGCCGUCUAUCAACGAGCCGGCAUCUAUCUUCUCGACGAUCCUCUCAGCGCAGUCGAUGCUCACGUUUCAUCGGACCUUUUCCAUAAUGUUAUCGGACCUCGAGGUCUCUUGAGAAAUGCGACACGGAUCCUCGUCACUCAUUCUGUAGCGGUUUUGCCCUUCGUCGAUAAAAUAUUUGUACUCGACAAUGGCAAAAUUACGCAUUCUGGCACAUUCGGAGAAAUAAUGAACACGGACGUUUCGAUCAAGUCGUUCCUCACCGAGCCCAGGCUCGGGAACGAGGAAUCCGUCAAAGAGUUGGCCGACACCGUCCGCCACUCGAGAAGUUUGAGUCAGAGAUCUGUCACAUCGGAGAGAGCCUUAGAUGCCGCCAGAGAUGAAAAAUUCGGAGCGCUCAUCGAUGAGGAGAAUGUGGCGACAGGAUCUGUACAAUGGUCGAUAUACAUGAAUCUCUGGAAGCACUUCGGAGCGAUCAACGGCAUUUUCGUGUUCGUCGGCUUUUGCCUCUACCGUUUCUUAGAGACCUACUCGUCGAUCUGGCUGGCUCAGUGGGCUGACGACGCCGAAAACAUCAUGAAUAAUCACAAUGUGACCAGGGCGAAUCCCGAAGUUUUGCAUGAAAUCCACGUUAUGUCUUUUUGGCGCAUCACGCGCUACAUGUACCUCGGGGGAGGACAGGCUCUUGCGAUUGUAAUUGCAUGUGUAUUUAUCGCUUUUGGUUGUCUCGAAGCCUCUUCGAAACUGCACUCCGAAAUGUUGUGGUGCCUCAUGAAGGCGCCGAUGCGAUUCUUCGACUCUACACCUCUCGGUCGAAUGCUGAAUAGAUUCGGGAAGGAUGUCGAUGUUCUCGAUCUCGAACUGCAAAUACAUCUCGACGGAUGGGUUGAUUCUUCGAUCCAGGUUGUGGCGACCAUGAUUCUGAUCAGCCUUGAGAUCCCCAUUUUUCUCGUCGUCGUGAUUCCGAUAAGCUUCGCUUACUACAUGCUCCAGAGGGUUUACAUCGCCGCUGCUCGCCAGUUCCGCAGACUUCUUUCAACCACUCGAUCACCCGUCCUCAACAACUUCUCCGAGACAAUCAAUGGUGCUUCAACCAUAAGAGCAUACGGUGCAGAAGAUUACUUCAUUGAAAAAUGUCGGAUCCGCUCGGAUCUCAAUCAGAACUGCUAUUUGCACUCGACAAUCGUUUCGAGAUGGGCCGCUAUCCGUAUCGACUUGUUGUCUACCUUCAUAACGACGAGCAUAUGCUGUCUCGUUGUAUUCUAUAGAGAUUCAAUGAGCGGCGGAGUUGCCGGUCUGAUCCUCUCGUACUCCCUGCUCUUCUGCGACGCUGUCUCUUUUUCGAUCCGAGUGGCGACCGACGUGGAGAAAGCCGUCGUCGCUGCGGAGAGAAUCAAAGAGUACACUCAAGUCGAGAGCGAAGCCCCUUGGGAGGGAACCGAAGGUGCGAAACUCGAUGGCGAGUGGCCACGAAAUGGAGAAAUCACGCUGACGGACUUCAGCACCAAAUACAGGAAGGGCACUGAAGAGGUCCUGAAAGGAAUCAAUCUCCGUAUAGGAGCCGGCGAGAAGGUAGGUGUCGUCGGCCGCACCGGAGCAGGCAAGAGUUCCUUGACUUUGGCGCUGUUCAGGAUAAUCGAGGCCACUCAUGGGAAAAUCGUCAUCGAUGAUAUCGAUACAUCGAGGAUUGGACUCCAUGAUCUCCGGAAAAGGCUCACGAUGAUCCCGCAAGAUCCCGUGCUGUUCAGGGGGACGAUUCGCUCCAACUUGGACCCACACAAUCUCUAUACCGACGAAGAAGCGUGGACGGCUCUGGAGAAAGCCCACUUGAAAAAUAAUCGAUUGAGGCUCGACUUCGAGGUGACUGAAGCUGGAAGCAAUCUAUCGGUCGGUGAGAGACAGUUGAUCUGUUUGGCUCGCGCCCUCCUCCGCAAGUCGAAAAUCAUUCUUUUGGAUGAGGCAACAGCAGCCGUGGACGUUCAGACGGAUGCGCUCAUACAGGAGACUAUCAGGAGGGACUUCGCUCAGUGUACCAUCAUAACCAUAGCCCAUCGAUUGCACACUGUCAUUGAUUACGACACAAUUGUUGUCUUGAGCCAAGGUAGAAUAAUAGAAGUUGGCAAACCUGGAGAUUUGUUGAAAAAUCAUGAAUCUCAUUUCCACUCCAUGGCCAAGGAAGCCGGCUUAGGAUGAACGAGACAACAACGAUCACGACAUGAAUGAUGAUUUCCGUCAUGAUAGCUCGCUGACUGAGUGAAAAUCGUUGGUCAGGGAGAGUCUUGGCGAAAUUCGAGCUUGACUGCAAUUCAUCGCAUGAGAACUUUCUUAGCAUCAGUUGUUCAUUAUCAUCCACGUUCGGACCCGUCCCUUAGGUUCAUGCAUAACUCACCGGAGACUACCUUCGGUAGCUCGGAUAUACCACCUUGGUGAGCGCUUGAAUCCGAAUGUUGAUGGGAUGUAUGUCGCAGAG